CCUAAAGCAAAAACUCUGUGACAAUGGCAAGUAAAAAGGAGCGCAAGAAAUCAAAUUAUAGCGAGGCUGAAAUUGACGUUUUGUUGAUGGAGCUACAGAUGCGGGGAAAGGUGUUAUUUGGAAGUUUGUCUGGUGGCGUCACUACCAAGUCAAAGUAUGUGGCCUGGCAAGCGGUUACCCAGGCUGUAAAUGAGGUUGGGGGAAAACAAAGGACCCUGCCAGAGGUGAAGAAAAAAUGGGCUGAUUUGAAAUUGCAAUCAAAGAAACGCAUCGCGGCGCAUAUGGCCAAAGUGAGGCUUACUGGAGGUGGUGGACCCACAUGCAAACUGAGUCCGGAGGAUGAGAGAAUAUGCGCAAUCAUUGGAGAGGGGGCCGUAAAGGGAAUAUAUGAGGAGGGCGACACCGACCUUUUGUCUGCAGAAGGUUCAGAAGACGAAGGGUCUUUACAGAGAUGAGCUGGACAUUGCAGUCGGACUGCCUCCCUAACAGCAGCUGCACCUGCAAUAUCCGCACCAGAGGCCGCAUCUUCAUCACACUCAAGACCUCUGCGACCACCAGCCGCUUCAUCCCCAUCCCAUCGUGCGCGUCUCCGACCCUCAACUUCCUCUUCCACCCGUGGUAGAGUUUUAUCUGAGGCAGUCCUACAGACACAAAGGGAUUUAAACCAGUCUAUUAGUGAGGUGGUUACCGAGCUUCGGCAAGUCCGGCAUGCUCUGGUUGAAAUGAAUCAAACUUUGUCCGCAAU